AUGCAAGUCCCCGGAAAUGAGCACCCUUAUAUCCUCGUUGGUAAAAUGCCGCAGCAGGAGCGCGCCAGUAAUCCCGAAGAGGACUGGACCGGGGUUGUCGAUCGACUAGAACGGAAAAAAUUGCAGAACCGGUUAAAUCAACGGUUAUACCGUAAGUGUCUCGCUCGGUUCAUUACACUGGUGUUUUAUUCAGCGAAUAACCUGUCAACCGAUCUAGGACAACGUAAGAUGAAUCGAUCGCUUCUAGCUACCGCUGGUUAUGGAAUUUUCCAACCGGCUCAAGAGCCGCAAUUAUUGUCUCGCCGGAAAAUAGCUCCUGCAGCUCCCAUCCCUACCUCCGCAGAAAAUGCAGCGAUCUAUAACUUCCCCGGACUUCGAGGCCCCGCUAGCCUGUGCGAUUUUGACUCUACGACCAUCGAAAGUCUAAUGGCCAAAAUUGAAAGCUGGGCCUACAAUCAAUCCUUACGGGGUACUCCAAGCGCAGAGAAUCUCUUGACACUGGUUCACUUCAAUGUCUUCAAAGCGAUGGCAUACAAUGCUUUAAUUUUAGGGCUAGGAACGAAUUGGUUAAAAGAAGAUGCUCUGUCAUUAUUUAACGCUCUUGGCCCAGCGCAAAUGAACACCCCGGCGGAUCCCCUUCCCAUGAGCCUGCAGCCGACGAUGCUUCAGCACAUAGUUCCACACAACCCUUGGCUUGAUCUGCUCCCAUUACCGAGAUUACGCGAUAAUCUCCUUCUAGCAGGAGAUGCCCUUAAUGAAAGUAAACUUUAUACGGACAUCCUAGGAUUCUUAGGCUGCUCAACAGAAGGGUCAGGUCUUGUAGUUCGGGGUGAGUCGUGGGAUCCAAAGGGUUAG